AUGGAUUCUUCGGGAGCGGAGAUGGAGACGGAGACGGAGAGGGAGUCCAGGAAGAGGCCUAGGGUAGUGGCGGCGGCGGCGGAGUACGCGGCGUGGUUGGAAAGAAUGGCGGAGACGAGACGAGCGCAUGAGGCGAAGGCGGCUGAAUUCCGCAAGAACCUGCUGGCGAAUCCUUUGACGGCCGAGCAGUUGCGAGAGCGCAAGGAAGCCGCGUGGGAAAAGUACAACAACGAGUCGUGGGAGAGGGCUCGCGACAACUGGAUCUGGCCUCCCUUCGAAGCCGACACGGACAUCUCUUGCAUGCGCUUUACCAACGAAAAUAUCAACGACCCUAAUUAUCCACGCCUUGUCUGCACCAUGGCAACUCUGCAGAUUGUUUCAGUCCAGGUGAAGGAAAUAACCGAUGGGUUACAUUGGCCGCUGGAUGUUUAUGGUUUUGUCGCUGUGCGUGAUGUGGUGGAUCGCAAACGCAUUAUGGUUUUCAACCGUGAAAGGGAUGACUACCAAAGAAUCACCGAGCAGGAUUCCUACCUAACACUGACCGGUCCUACCCGUGGUGUUGUCAUGACGAUUGAUCCUUCGUAUUUGGAGGCUAAGCUCAAAGUAAGAGGUGCAACUGAAUCUGAGGACAAAGAUUUGAGCAAAUUUGCUAAGACGUACAGAUUGGGCUGCUACCUUCCUAUUAAGCACACAAGCAAGCUUUGCACACUGGAGCUGCAGCAUUACACUGUUUGUUCAUCUGUGGAAGCCACAAUUCGUGUCCAAGUCAUUGAAGGGCAGUUUCCUCGUGAUUUUCGUGGUGUGCUUACUGCUAGCACUGACUCUGAAAGCGGUGUGAUGAUCUCAUUACUGGAUUUUAGUAGUGAUGAGUUGCCAGUUGAUGCUGAUGGAUCUGUGAAGCUAUCACGCCAAGUUGUUUCUGUUAAGAAAGGGGGGAAUCUGAAAGUUUCUAUCUGGCAACAUGGUGUUGGUGAGGAAGAAGACCAAGAGAUAACUGCUGCAUCAUUUGUAGCUAAGGAAGCUGAAACAAGCACUAAUUACAUGCCGAUGAAAAAAUGGAAGUGCUGGAUGGAAGUCAGUGUCGCCUGGUCCCUUUUCAGCUGUUGGUGA